CAUUGUAAGUGGAGACAUCUAGAAAUGUCCGAUCUGUCGAUGCAAGGUAUAAUUGUAGCGGCCAAGGAGGUGCAUCCACAAAGUGCAACGGAGGCAGCGAUGAAUUCAGUUCGGUUGAUUACUAAAAAUCAAUCAUGCAAGUGUCGACAAAUCUACUCCACGUGCAGAAAGUGCAUCGACAGCGUUCAAGACACGUCCGACGAGAAGACAGCACAGAAAGCGGAAGUCGAUGAUUCCUCUUCGAUGGACGACAUGGUGGAGCCCACGAAUUGUUGCAUGUCUGGCUGUCCGAAUUGCGUGUGGAUUCAAUACGCGGAGAAAUUGAGCGGCAAACUUGAAAAGAGCGACGUGAAUUUGCAAAAACUGAUCAUGGAGAAAGUUCAAGACCCAAAUAUGAGGGCGUACCUAACGAUGGAACUUAAAUGUAGAAAUCUUUUCAAAGAUUGAGUCACUUCGUUGCGCAAACUGUAUAUAUGUACCAUACGAUAGAUGUAAUUCAGUUUUGUACAGUCCUAAAUUAAAAAUCACCUCGACACAA